UAUGUGACUGCCAGACCUCUCUUUCUCUCUGACACCGAUGCGGUGGCACUAGGUAGCAGAUUGUCAAACUGCGGGGUGAGGAGCCGCGGAGGGGACGUAAACCCAAUAAUCGGUGCCACAGGGCCGUCUAUCAACGCGGCUGCAGUACAGCAAUCUGACACUGGCAUGCGCACUGCAGUUUAGAGUCAAUUCGAGUCUCCUCUACCGGAGCCACAGGCAGCAGUGACUAUUCCGACUACAGCCGUCCCCAGUUCCUGUUUCCGCCGCAGCUUUUUCCAACCGAAUUUUGGACCAAAACAUCGCUGCUGCGUCAGACUUCAACUUCGUCAGGCCCCCCCUCUCGGAUCUCCCGGAAGCCUGGUGUGUCAAGUGAAGGAGCCAGGCCAAACACAUUAAGUAAACUGGACAGACAGGAAGAAGCGGGAGGAAGAGGUGACACGUACAGACCAGGGGCAACCAGGCAAGGAGUGGAACGAUAGACACACCAACACGAAGGAGCACAAAGAAACAGGAGGUGCCCCUGCAGGACAGGGCAGGAACAACAGCCAGGAGCCUCGGUCGGUCAGUGAACCCUCUCAGGAGAAAGACAUGCUCUAGCACAAGGAGAGGGGACUGGUCAGAAUCCUCACCAAAGCAACAACCAAUCGUAUCUCCUUCCACAAAACCCCUCGUCUCUCUUACUACCUCCCUCCCCCUGCCCUGCGGUGCCAGCGAGGAUGCCCAGGUGGGUGUUGUGACGGGGCGCAACGGUGUGUGUAGGUGGCCAGGCUGAACUACGAUGCGGCCCUGGGCGGGCUCGUGGCGCUGGAUCACCCUGGUGUUGCUGGCGUGGGGCACGCUGCUCUUCUACAUCGGGGGCCAUCUGGUGAGGGACAGCGAACACCCUGAGAGGUCCAGCCGCGAGCUAUCUAAGAUCCUGGCCAAACUGGAGCGCCUCAAGCAGCAGAACGAGGACCUGAGACGCAUGGCAGAGUCCCUCAGGAUACCUGAGGGCAAAGUAGAAGAGGGAGGGGCCCUGGCUGUGGGGAGACUACGCUCCCUGGAGGACCAGCUGACCAGAGCCAAGCAGAAGAUCCACAGCUUCCAGAGGCUGACCGGAGAUGGUCCAGGCCCCACCCAGGAGGAGCUGAGGCGGAGGGUAGAGAACGGUGUGAGGGAGCUCUGGUACUUUGUCCGCAGCGAGGUGAAGAACCUGGGUCACGUGGAGUCCGGGGAGAGGCCCAGACAGGCUGACACCCUGCUACAAGACCUGGGACACCAGCAGAGGUCUAUCAUGACAGACCUGUACUACCUCAGCCAGGCUGACGGAGUGGGAGACUGGAGAGUUAAGGAAGCCAGGGACCUGUCUAACCUGGUGCAGAGCAGGAUCACCUACCUACAGAACCCCCAGGACUGCAGCAAGGCCCGUAAGCUGGUGUGUAACAUCAACAAGGGCUGUGGCUAUGGCUGCCAGCUGCAUCACGUGGUCUACUGCUUCAUGAUCGCCUAUGGCACCCAGCGCACCCUCAUCCUGGAGUCCCACAACUGGCGCUAUGCCACGGGUGGCUGGGAGACCGUCUUCCACCCCGUCAGCAACUCCUGUAGCGACCGUACUGGGGUGUCUACAGGACACUGGUCAGGUGAGGCCCAUGACAAGGACAUCCAGGUGGUAGAGUUACCCAUCGUGGAUAGCCUACACCCCCGCCCCCCCUACCUGCCCCUGUCCAUCCCAGAAGACCUAGCCCAGCGCCUCCACCGUCUCCAUGGUGACCCGUCUGUGUGGUGGGUGUCUCAGUUUGUAAAGUACCUGGUGCGUCCUCAGGCCUGGCUGGAGAAGGAGAUUGCGGACACCACAGCCAAGCUGGGUUUCAAGCACCCCAUCAUAGGGGUCCAUGUUCGGCGGACAGAUAAGGUGGGGACGGAGGCUGCGUUCCACCCUAUAGAGGAGUACAUGGUUCACGUGGAGGAACAGUUCCAACACAUGGCCCGACGCAUCCACCUGGACAAGAAACGAGUCUACCUGGCAACAGAUGACCCCUCACUACUGCAAGAGGCUAAGACCAAGUACCCUGACUAUGAGUUCAUCAGUGAUAACUCCAUCUCGUGGUCGGCUGGUCUGCACAACCGCUAUACAGAGAACUCUCUGAGAGGAGUGAUCCUAGACAUACACUUCCUGUCCCAGACCGACUUCCUGGUCUGCACAUUCUCCUCACAGGUGUGCCGCGUGGCCUACGAGAUCAUGCAGACACUGCACCCGGAUGCUUCCUCUUUCUUCCACUCGCUAGACGACAUCUACUACUUCGGGGGCCAGAACGCCCACAACCAGAUCGCCAUCUACCCCCACCACCCCCGCAGCCCUGAAGACAUACCCCUGGAGCCCGGUGACAUCAUCGGCGUAGCGGGGAACCACUGGGACGGCUACUCGAAAGGGGUCAACCGUAAAAUGGGCCGCACCGGCCUCUACCCGUCCUACAAAGUCAAGGAGAAGAUCGAGACCGUGAAGUACCCCACGUACCCCGAG